AUGGGCACUGAUAGGCGGCACUGAUGGGCACUGAUAGGCAGCACUAAAGGGCACUGAUAGGAAGUACUAAUGAGGUGGCACGGAAUCAGGGGCGGACUGACAACUCAUGGGGCCCCCGGGCAAUAAGGGAUCAUGGGGCCCCUGUGUCCUUGCCCAAACUCAAAAAAUUCUAUGAAAAAGGUACCAGGGGCAUCUCAUGGGGCCCCCUACUGGCUCCGGGCCCUCGGGCAGUGCCCGAGUUUCCAAAUGGUCAGUCUGCCCCUG